GAAAGGGAGGUGGCAGAGAGAGGGACUACCUGCGGCUGAGACGCACAAGUGGAUCUUCAUUAAGAUGAACCGAGAGUAUGGAUGGGUAGUAUGUUUUAUGCAGCAUUUUUGAUGUUUUGGCAUAUUUGGAUCGACGUAUAGAUAAGGGAACGGCACAUUUAGGAUCGUUCAGCACAACGGCUUUUGGAGGAAGCAGACAUACAGGAACAACAUCAAUCUUUGGCGCUCUAUCCAGCCAUGAGUGACCGCCGCAGAGGGAGCCUGUCCCCACCGGCUGAGCUCCGGCUCGUCCUCCUAGGGAGCCUCGGGUGUGGUAAGACCCUGUCGGGGGACACCAUCCUGGGCCAGGCCUCAGCCACCGACUCCUCUCCCACCGGGUCCUCCAGGGUCUGCCAGCUACGCCGGGGCACGGCCGAGGGCCGCAGGGUGGCGGUGGUGGAGGCGCCGCGCUGGUACUGGAGCGGGGGGAACGUGGAGGCGGACGUCCGGAAGGAGACAGAGAGGGCACUGAUGUUGGCAGCGCCAGGGCCUCAUGCUAUCCUGCUGCUGGUGCCGGUUGGGCAGUUCACCGAAGUGGAGCGCCGCGUGCCGGCCGAGCUGGAGGAGGUGUUUGGGGAGGGCGUGUUGACCCAAACCCUGGUGCUGCUCACCUGUGGUGACUACCUGACAGGCCGGGGGGAGGAGCAAUACCUGAACGGGGAGGACCCAGGCCUCAGAGAGGUGAUCGACAGGUGCGGGGGGCGGUACCACGUCAUCAACAACCGCAAACCCCAGGAGAGGGAGCAGGUUCGAACGCUCCUGGAAAAGGUGGAGAGCAUGGUGGAGCAGAACGGAGGAUGCUACCUCCAGAGCGCCCUGCAGAGAGAGGUGGAGGAACGAGUGAUGGAGAAAGAGCGAGAACUGAGGGAGAAGUACAGGAUGAGGGUGGAGGAGAACGGCGAAACGGCCAAGUCCAGUCGCGCCAUGAACACAGAGGCGGAGAGAAAUGGCGGGAGAAGAGAAAACAAUGGGUACCCAGGGAGAACAGGAGGAGAAGAGAGGGACGAGGUCGAGGAGGGUGCGACGGUGACGGCCAAGGUCAUCGGGCUCCGUUCAACGCCAUCCCCUCAAACACAACACGGGACCCAAAAUGGAGGCGCGCCGCAGCUCACAAGGAGCUCCAGUUUCCGUCUGACACAAGAGGGCGCACUCCUCUCACAGUUGUCUGAGGAGAUCAAACCGAAAGAGAAGGUUGUCAACACCUUCCACCACAGAAUCAUCUCUGCAGAUAAGCCUUUGUCCACUCCAGAGACCUCCCCCUCCCCCUCCCCCUCCCCCUCCCCCUCCCCCUCUUCCUCCCCCCCCCCCGUCUCCGCACACCAUACCCCCUCUCUUCACGACUCGUCCUCCUCGCCUUGCACCUCCCUCCAUACCUCCCCUCUGCACGCUCCUUUCUCCUCCACCUCCUCCCCCCCCUCUUAUUCCUCCCGCUCCGCGGAGCUGCGUCUGGUCUUGUUGGGGCGGUCUGGGUCGGGGAAGAGCGCGGCGGGAAACGUCAUCCUGGGGGAGGAGGCGUUUGUGUCGCGGCCCGACGGCCCCAAAGCGGUCCCUGAGGGCUGUGAGAAGAGGAGAGCGCUGGUGGCCGGGAGACAGGUGGCGGUAGUGGACACCCCUGACUGGAUCCAAUCCGAGAGCCCCCUGGAGGAGGUCAGGGCCCAGAUCUUCUCCUGUGUGGCCCUGGCCGCCCCGGGCCCCCACGCCUUCCUGUUCUGCGUCCCCCUCCACCAGCCCCCCCAGGACGAGCUCCAGGCCCUGGGGGCCCUGGAGGCCGUGUUCGGCCCCGAGGCGGUCAGCGCGUACACGCUGCUCCUCUUCACGCACUCCGACCGCCUGGCCGAGAAAGGAGGCCCGGCAGGCGUGGAGGGAUACAUCGCUAGUCGGCGGAAGGAUUUGCUGCAGCUGGUGGAGCGCUGCGGGGACCGGUACCACAUUUUGGAGAGAGGGAGAGGAGGGGGACAGGAGGAGACGGGGAGCGUUGUGGACCUGCUGGAGAAGGUGGAGCAGAUGGUGAGGGAGGGAGGGGGAGGGUGCUACGCCGGCCCUGCCUUCCUGGAGGCGGAGGAGCGCGUGAGACGGCGCCAGGCGGACCUGCUGCGGGAGAGGGGGGGAAGGAGGGGCGAGCGAGACGGGGGAGCGGAGGAGGCCGAGAGACGCGUGCUCCACCCUUCCCUGCAGACCCUGCGAGAGUCGGACGAGGAGGCCGGGGACGAGGGGAAGGACGAGGUAGAGAGGGCGAGGGAGGAGGCGGAGAGGUGCGUGAGCGCCAUGGCGAUGGAGAGCCUGCCUUCACUCUCCUCCUCCACCUCCUCCACCUCCUCCGCUUCCCCAUCCAAGUCCCUCCUUCGCUCCGUGCUGGAGAAGGUGGGGGCUGGGGCCAAGAGGGUCCCAAAACUCCUGGCCGGGGGGGCGUUGCUAGGUGGGGUGGUGGGGGUGUUUUUGGGAGGGCCUCUAGGGGGCGUGGUGGGGGCUGCUACUGGGUCUGUGGUCACCGAGGUGGGCAGAAGGAGAUUUAGCAGGAAGGAGACCCCGGCUUUAGAUACAGGAACCCUAAGCGUCACGGAGACUGAGAAAGCACUGGAUGAAGGAACGAAAGGAUUGGGUGAGACAAAACAGUUUCAAAGUGAGUGAGGGAGAAUGACCAGAGUGAGUAACAGUAAAAUGUGACGAGACUAUAUCCUACGAAUGGUGAAUGUUGAAUAAAGGUCUUUGCGAGAUUAGUACAGUAAUAACUGGAAAUGUAGUGUAAAUAUAUGUGCAUACAUAUCUGUGUACAUAUCUGUCAUUUUGUUAUAGCUUCAUAUUUGGCAGUCAUGUGGUUGUGGGUAUUACUGACUAGUACUUCCUCAUCCUCUGCAAGUUAUAUAUGAAAAUACCUAAUAAAUUAUCAUACUCAUCACAUGAAACAUGUUUGCCCUCAAGUCAGUUUAAAUGAGACUGCAACGUAAAAUGCAUACUUGAGCACUAACCGUGCACUAACUAGCAUAACCACGGUGUCCAAAACUCUGCUAUUAAAGAACGGUGAAACUUGA